CGGCGGAAGCAGCCAUUGGCGGAGGCGCGAGACCGCAACUGCUCACUUCCGGCGCGGGUCGCCACGAUUUCCCCCGACCCCUACGUCGCCUCGGCCUUCCACCAUGGCCGCCUCUGUGUGGCGUGAGGAGAAGCUGGUCAUCCGUGUCCUCCUGUAGCGCUACUGCCUCACCCUCACCCUCUAGGGCCCGGAUCCAAAGGAGCCUCGCUCCGCAAACCCUGGGCGCCGGCUGGGAAGACCUCCCGGCCCCGACCGCGGGGGCAGGACUCCCCCGCCCCCACCGCUAGGGGCAGAAACUUAGGGUCUUCCCCUCGGUUAGGGUCAGAAGCCAGAGAGGGCUGCCCUCCCACGGCCCCAGGGCCGGAGCCUCGCCCAGCCACCGCGGGGCGCAGACCCCGGCUACCGCACUCUGAGCUAACGGCUUCCCUACAGCCCUGCCACCCCGGAAGCUGCCUUGCAGGACCGGCCGCCUUCGUGCCUCCCAGGCGCGGCCUCGGAGAGGAGGGCGGAGUGCCGAGCACGGGGGCCCGCGCCCUCCCCUCCCCCCGGCCUCCGGCCCCUCUUCCCGGGCGACCCCGAGUUCCCCACUUCUAGGACUUCCCACCCACCCACUCCCCGGCCUUUUCCCGUCUCCUGGCUGCUGCCAUGGAGUUACAGAAGGGAAAGGGGGCAGCAGCAGCAGCUGCUUCGGGAGCGGCGGGAGGUGGAGGAGGAGCGGGAGCAGGAGCCCCAGGAGGGGGGAGGCUGCUACUUUCAACCAGUUUGGAUGCCAAGGAUGAGUUAGAGGAGAGAUUGGAAAGGUGUAUGAACAUUGUGACGUCAAUGACAACUGGUGUCUCUGAGAGAGAGGCCAAUGAUGCCCUUAAUGCUUAUGUUUGCAAAGGUCCCCCCCAACAUGAGGAAAUCUGUCUGGGCCUCUUUACUCUUGUUCUCACAGAACCUGCCCAAGCCCAGAAGUGUUACCGAGACUUGGCUCUGGUGAGUCGUGAUGGCAUGAAUAUUGUCCUGAAUAAAAUCAACCAAAUACUUAUGGAGAAGUACCUAAAGUUGCAGGAUACGUGCCGAACUCAGUUGGUGUGGUUGGUACGGGAACUAGUGAAGAGUGGGGUUCUGGGAGCUGAUGGUGUUUGCAUGACAUUUAUGAAGCAGAUUGCAGGUGGAGAUGUUACAGCCAAAAAUAUCUGGUUGGCAGAAAGUGUUCUGGAUAUCCUCACGGAGCAGAGGGAGUGGGUACUGAAGAGCAGCAUCCUCAUUGCCAUGGCUGUUUACACAUAUCUCCGUCUCAUCGUUGACCACCAUGGGACUGCCCAGCUCCAGGCCCUGCGGCAGAAGGAGGUGGACUUCUGCAUCUCGCUGCUUCGGGAACGGUUCAUGGAAUGUUUGAUGAUUGGCCGGGACCUUGUAAGACUACUUCAGAAUGUUGCUAGGAUACCAGAAUUUGAACUGCUUUGGAAAGAUAUUAUCCAUAACCCUCAGGCCUUGAGUCCUCAAUUUACAGGUAUCCUACAGCUUCUUCAGUCAAGAACAUCCCGAAAAUUCCUAGCAUGUCGUCUAACCCCAGAUAUGGAAACUAAGCUCCUCUUCAUGACAUCCCGGGUGCGGUUUGGUCAACAAAAGAGAUACCAAGACUGGUUCCAGCGCCAGUAUUUGUCAACCCCAGACAGUCAGUCUCUACGCUGUGACCUCAUUCGCUACAUCUGUGGGGUAGUCCACCCUUCUAAUGAAGUGCUGAGUUCUGACAUCUUGCCUCGAUGGGCCAUCAUUGGUUGGCUCCUGACAACAUGCACGUCCAAUGUUGCUGCCUCUAAUGCCAAGCUGGCUUUGUUUUACGACUGGCUGUUCUUUAGUCCAGACAAGGAUAGCAUUAUGAACAUAGAGCCAGCCAUCCUGGUAAUGCAUCAUUCUAUGAAGCCCCAUCCAGCCAUCACUGCCACACUCCUGGACUUCAUGUGCCGUAUCAUUCCCAACUUCUAUCCACCUUUGGAAGGCCAUGUGCGGCAGGGUGUCUUUUCUUCCCUCAACCACAUUGUGGAGAAACGGGUCUUGGCACACUUGGCUCCCCUGUUUGACAACCCUAAAUUGGAUAAAGAGCUGCGGGCCAUGCUGAGAGAGAAAUUUCCUGAAUUCUGCAGCUCACCCUCCCCACCUGUGGAAGUCAAAAUUGAAGAGCCAGUUUCCAUGGAGAUGGAUAACCAUCUGUCAGAUAAGGAUGAGAGUUGCUACGACAAUGCUGAGGCAGCCUUCAGUGAUGACGAGGAGGAUCUCAACAGCAAAGGAAAGAAGAGAGAGUUUCGUUUCCACCCUAUCAAGGAGACAGUUGUGGAGGAGCCAGUUGAUAUCACCCCUUACCUCGACCAGUUGGAUGAGUCCCUAAGGGACAAAGUACUCCAGCUACAGAAGGGGAGUGAUACAGAGGCCCAGUGUGAGGUCAUGCAGGAAAUUGUGGACCAGGUCCUGGAGGAAGACUUCGACUCAGAACAGCUGUCUGUCCUUGCUUCCUGUCUACAAGAGCUCUUCAAGGCCCACUUCCGAGGAGAGGUGCUGCCUGAGGAGGUCACAGAGGAGUCCCUGGAGGAAUCUGUAGGGAAGCCUCUCUACCUGAUAUUUAGGAACCUGUGCCAGAUGCAGGAAGACAACAGCAGCUUCUCUCUGCUCCUGGACCUUCUGUCUGAGCUCUAUCAGAAGCAGCCCAAGAUUGGCUACCACCUGCUCUACUACCUGAGGGCCAGCAAAGCUGCCGCUGGGAAGAUGAACUUGUAUGAGUCAUUUGCCCAGGCCACCCAGCUGGGUGACCUGCACACCUGCCUAAUGAUGGACAUGAAGGCCUGCCAGGAGGACGAUGUGCGGCUGCUAUGCCAUCUCACACCCUCCAUCUACACAGAGUUUCCAGAUGAAACCUUGAGGAGUGGGGAGCUGCUGAACAUGAUCGUGGCUGUUAUUGACUCUGCACAGCUCCAGGAGCUGGUCUGCCAUGUGAUGAUGGGGAACCUGGUCAUGUUUCGAAAAGAUUCAGUCCUCAACAUACUCAUCCAGAGCCUAGACUGGGAAACCUUUGAGCAGUAUUGUGCCUGGCAGCUCUUCCUGGCCCACAACAUCCCCCUGGAGACCAUAAUCCCCAUCCUGCAGCACCUCAAAUACAAGGAACACCCAGAGGCCCUGUCCUGCCUGCUGCUGCAGCUCCGAAGAGAAAAGCCCAGUGAGGAGAUGGUAAAGAUGGUCCUGAGCCGGCCCUGUCAUCCCGACGACCAGUUCACCACCAGCAUCCUGCGGCACUGGUGCAUGAAGCACGAUGAGCUGCUGGCAGAGCACAUCAAGUCCCUGCUCAUCAAGAACAAUAGCCUCCCUCGCAAGAGGCAGAGUCUCAGAAGCUCAAGCAGCAAGCUGGCCCAGCUGACUCUAGAGCAGAUCCUGGAGCACUUGGACAACCUGCGGCUCAACCUGACCAACACCAAGCAGAACUUUUUUAGCCAGACCCCAAUCCUCCAGGCACUGCAGCAUGUCCAAGCAAGUUGUGAUGAAGCCCACAAGAUGAAGUUCAGUGACCUCUUCUCCCUGGCAGAGGAAUAUGAGGACUCGUCUACUAAGCCACCCAAGAGCCGGCGAAAGGCAGCUCUGUCUAGCCCUCGAAGUCGGAAGAAUGCCACUCAGCCGCCCAAUGCUGAGGAAGAGUCGGGCUCCAGCAGUGCCUCGGAGGAAGAAGACACAAAACCAAAGCCCACCAAGCGGAAACGAAAAGGGUCUUCUGCCGUGGGUUCUGACAGUGACUGAGAUCCUAUGUUCCCCAUCCUACCCUCAACUGGACUGCCCUCCCCCUGGUGAAUCAAAGGGUAACAGGGCUGGGGAGAUACAGGGAAGAUGCCCUCCCUGCCCUGAGCUUGCCCAGUGGAAAGGAUGAGCUGCUUCUGACACCAGCCUGAGGAGCUGCCGUGCAGCCCCCCUCUGCCCCUCUGUCCUGGGGCCUCCUGUUCCCCACAUUGCCACUUCCACUGCCAUUUGGGUCUCAUGGCAGCCAGAGGCUGUGCCAGACCAGACCCUGGUGGAAUUGAUCAGCUCCCUGCCCCUCCUUCAGCCCCCUCCCCAUCUCCCAAAGAACGCUUAGCAGAGAAGGGCAGUGACAAAGGGGCGCCUGGCUGAGAGGCUAGGACGAGAGCAGGUGCUGGCUGUGGGUCCGCUUCCUGCUUCCCCGGGUUCUGGAUUUGCUCUGAACACAUGCUCUGUGGUCAUUCUCCACACCAGUGUGUAGUGGGCAUCGACCUGGUAUGGUGGCCACUAUUCCAGGCAGAUGCCAUAAACCUUCAGGAAGGAACCUGAAAGGGACUGUGCCCAGGAGGCUUGGGUUGAUCUGCAGUUGUCACCUAAGGCUGGGCCACAGCCCAGGAGAGUCCCAGAGGCAAGUUCCUCAGAACUGUCAAAUGGUCUGGUUUCCUAGGUUCUGUUUUUGCUUUUUUUUUUUUUUUUUUUUCUUUUUGACUUUUUUCCCUCCAGAGAUAAUCACAUUAAAAAAAUUGUUUUUAAAUGACAAUAAAACAAACCAGAAGAUCUUUUGUGCCGGAAUUGGAGUCCCAUUUACUCUCUGCAUGUAGAGUGGUCUCAGUUUAAUUGGUGCCCUUGUUGGUGGCCUGCCCACUGUCACAGCUUUCCCUCCUCUCCCUUCCUGCCCUGCCUACCCGCAGGAGGAACUUUGCCCUUCCCAUCCUGCAUUUUGGAGGUGUGAGCCAGACACUGACCUGUCCAGGUCAGAAACUGAUGAGGUCCCAUUUCCCUGCAGGCUGAGGUCUGCCCUUGCCGGUUGUUCCUCAAGACACUAGAGAUUUAGUCAAGCCGGGGAUGGAACUCAUCAGCAGAACAAUUUUUCAGCAUGCAUGAACCCUGGGCUCAAUUACCAGUCUCAAAAAACAAGCAAACAAAAAAAAAAGGCUUCCAAAGUUAUUGUCUGUCGUAUUUCAGUUUAUUUAUUAAGUUAGCAUGCUUGUCAGCUGCACUAUCCGGGAGGGACCUUCCAGUCUGCGACCUGAAAGACAGGUGUGCCUGGGAGAGAGAAGUCCAAAUGCCAGGUCUGGGGGGCCGCCACCUGAACAGCAAAGAGCUACUUGGCUAUGCUUUGUUUCUCUGCUGCCCUCGGAGAUUGGAGGCCUGCUGGACAGAGAGGAGUGAGGUUGGGCUCACUGCGGACACCCUGAAAACUUGCCUUUUCACAGAACCAGGUUCUUCUCCCCCUCGGAACUGCUACUCCUUCCUUUGAAAAUCUAAACCCCCAGAGGCCUUUUCCUUCCUCCCUCCUUCCCUAGUUUCCUCUGCCCCAAUUAAAACCAGGAUGGAAAGCA